AUCCGAUGCCAUCGAUGAGCUGAGCGCUGAGUUUAGAAAAUUGUGUGUAAUCUUAUUUUAUGAUUUCAAAAAGUUUUGUUAUUCAUAACAUUAAUAAAAAGCACUUUUAUAAACUAAUUCGCUGGAAAAUCAUCCCAUUCUGUUUAAAUUGGAGUGUGUAAAUGUGUUUAACCAAAUUAAUGAUUUAACUUUCUUCUUCCUAUUUCUAUGCUAUAUGUUAUUCCAAUUUGCGUUACCUCUAUGGGCGUGUUUAUUUCGGUUAGAUAUCAUUCGUUCACAGAAUUGAUGUUUGUUGGGUUGAAUGUUGAUGGUAAUUUAUCUUAAUUGAACUUAGAAGAAAAAAAUUUAGAAGAAAUUUAGAAUGGCUACUUCUAAAUCAACCAAUACUUAUAACAGGCAAAACUGGGAAGAUUCAGAAUUCCCAAUACUUUGUCAAACUUGUCUGGGUGACAAUCCUUACAUUAGAAUGUCUAAAGAAAGGUAUGGGAAAGAAUGUAAAAUCUGUUCUCGACCUUUUACUGUUUUUCGCUGGUGCCCAGGUGCUCGUAUGAGGUAUAAGAAAACCGAAGUUUGUCAAACUUGCAGUAGAAUGAAAAAUGUAUGCCAAACAUGCCUUCUUGAUUUGGAAUAUGGUCUCCCAAUUCAAGUUCGCGAUGCUGCUUUGAAAAUUAAAGACGAUUUACCUAGGUCAGAAGUAAAUAAAGAAUACUACAUACAAAAUAUUGAUGCAGAGAUAAAUAAGCUGGAUAAAACGAUUCCUGGUGGACAGCUUGGUAAAAGCCAGGCUGCUAGUGAUAUUCUCUUGAAGCUAGCGAGGACAACGCCAUAUUACAAGAGGAAUAGGCCACACAUCUGUUCGUUUUGGGUGAAGGGUGAGUGCCAUCGAGGUGAGGAAUGUCCUUAUAGGCAUGAGACCCCAACAGAUCCUGACGAUCCUCUUGCGGAUCAGAAUAUAAAAGACAGGUAUUAUGGUGUUAAUGAUCCAGUAGCACAUAAACUAAUGCGAAGGGCUUCUGCUAUGCCAAAAUUAGAACCCCCUGAAGAUAAGAGCAUUACCACACUUUAUGUGGGUAAUUUAAGUGAUAAAAUUGGAGAAAAAGAAUUGAGGGAUCACUUUUAUCAGUAUGGAGAAAUCAGAUCCAUCACUAUGGUUCCAAGACAAAUGUGCGCUUUUAUUCAGUAUGUGAACCGACAUCCUGCGGAAAUGGCUGCUGAAAAAACAUUCAACAAACUAAUUAUGGGCGGGCGUAGGUUAAACAUAAAGUGGGGUAAAUCACAGGGUCGCCAGGGACCGAGUGGUGAACAAACCUAUGACCCUGUCCCAGGUCUUCCUGGUCCUCUUCCACCUCCUCCUGUCGAACUACGGGAUAAUUUCUUCAACCUCAGUGGCACUACACCUUCAGCAUCUACCAGCGCUGGGGAUCUGGCUGGUACGUCUAUUCUGCAACCACCUCCUAUGUUCAUGCCGGUAAGACCACCAACUGCAGCCACAGCAGUGCUCAGGCCUACGAUAGCGCCUCCACCCUUUUUCUUUCCUCCUCAAAUGCGUAUGCCUAUGUUCCCUCCACAGCCUCCUCCUCUUUGCCCUCCUGGUACUGCACCACCUCUUCCGCCAGAAUCUGCCAUUGCUCCACCUGGUACUGCUGCUGCAGCUGCUGUUCAUUAUCCUAGCCAAGACCCAAGGAGACUUGGUGCUUCGGAGAAAGGAGCUCCAUCGACUAUAGCCUAAUUACUUUAGUUUUGUGGUACACACUAAAGAAAGUUGUACGAGAUGACAUGUUUGUUAUUGAACAUGUAUUUCAAAUAUAAAAUUUUUAAAAAAUUGAUUUUAUUUUUACCUUCCCAUUCUUUUAUUUCUUAGAACUUGUUAACUUUGUAAAUAAUUGCUUUGAUUUAAAUAUAAUUUUUUAAAAUAAUUAAUGUUGUAUUCUCUUAUGUUUUUUUUUAUUGCUUAUAAAUGUGACAGACUUUGUUUUAAUAAUUGGUUUAAUAUAUUAAUGUACAACUUUACUUGUUUAGUUUUUAAAUAUUAUGUAUUUAGUUACAUAGUAUUUUAAAAAAACAAAUGAGAAAGUAUGAAUUCUUGUAAAUUUAUCUAUGGUGAUUACUGAA